AUGAUGAUCGAAAACAAUACUGUUCACAUUCAAAGCGAUGCCGAUUUCCAGUUCGUUGGGCAUCCAGCCGGCCAGCCGUCCACUCAGCCCCCGAACGUCUCUCGUUCGACUCCGCCAUACAACCGUCCGUUGGCUCAACCGGAUGAUGGCUGCCGAGCCAUGCCAGCAAUAUGUGGAGAUGAAGCAGCAUCGGAUAUAUUACGUUAG